AGCUAAUGAAUGUGCUUCUCGAGAUGAAAGGCAAUUGACAGAGUGAGUACUGAGGAGUUUGGACUUCAGUGGAAGUUCCAGUCAACCUCUAGAAGUUCAUGAACAAAGAGAAGGGGGAUUCAAAAGCUGUACAUUUUACCAAGGGAUUAUUGAGUUUCCAGAAUUCUGAAAUCUUGAAUAAAUUAUAUACUGUAAGUUUUUUGCAAUGGGUGAAAAGUGCAAAUCCCGUUUCUCGUGCCUGGAAGUGGUACUCAUUGUCCUCUUCACGCUGAUGACAAUAAUUGCUUUGAUUCUUCUAGUUCUUCUCUUUGUCCCUAAAAAAACCAGGACUACAGACAAUAAUGGCAAGUUACUUAAAGCUGCUGGUUCUAAAAACUACCUGAUCGGUGUUGGUCGAGCUGACUGCACUGGUCCAGUUGCAGAAGUCCCUUUGAUGGGCUAUGCCAAUCCAGACCAGCUGGCUGGUGGAAUUCUCUCUCGUCUAUAUAGUCGAGCUUUCAUUGUGGCAGAGCCUGAUGAUUCCAAAAGAGUGGUGUUUGUUAGUGCUGACAUAGGCAUGGUGUCUCAAAGACUUAGGCUGGAGGUAAUCAAGCAAUUGAAGAGUAAAUAUGGGGAGCUAUACAGACAAGACAAUGUUAUACUGAGUGGUACUCACACCCAUUCAGGACCUGCAGGCUAUUUCCAAUAUACUAUCUUUUUGCUAACUAGCAAGGGUCUUAUCAAACCAUCCCUUAAUGCACUUGUAAAUGGGAUUAUAAAGAGCAUUGAUAUAGCACACCAGAAUAUGAAAAAAGGAAGACUUUUUAUCAAUAAAGGUUUGGUAGAAAAUAGCCAAAUCAACAGAAGUCCUUACUCUUAUCUUCAGAAUCCAGAGUCUGAAAGAAACAGGUAUUCAUCAAAUACAGACAAAGAAAUGGUGGUGCUGAAGAUGGUCGAUGUAAAUGGACAGGAGCUAGGCCUUCUCAGCUGGUUUGCAAUUCAUCCUGUCAGUAUGAACAACACAAACCAUCUCAUAAAUAGUGACAACGUGGGCUAUGCAUCUUACCUGUUUGAACAAGAGAAGAACAAAGGACUGCUUCCUGGAGAGGGACCCUUUGUAGCAGCCUUUGCAUCAUCCAACCUGGGAGAUGUAUCGCCCAAUAUCAAAGGCCCACACUGCAUAAACACAGGAGAGUCAUGUGAUAACCCCAACAGUUACUGUCCAGUCGGCGGGGCUAAAAUGUGCAUGGCUGCAGGUCCUGGCAGUGAUAUGAUUGACAGUACAAAAAUUAUAGGACAAAAUCUCUAUUUGAAAGCAAAGGAACUGUAUACUCUAGCUUCCCAGGAGGUAACAGGACCUCUCCAUUCAGCUCACCAGUGGGUGAACAUGACUGAUGUUACUGUCCAGCUCAAUGCCACCCAUACAGGUAAAACAUGUAAACCAGCCUUGGGCUACAGCUUUGCAGCAGGUACUAUCGAUGGAGUGGGAUUCUUCAAUUUCACACAAGGUUCACUAGAAGAGCAGCCAUUCUGGGAAACUAUUCAUAACCAGCUGCUUGGAGAGCCAUCCAAUGAAACAAAAGAGUGCCACAAACCUAAGCCAAUCCUUUUAAAUACCGGAGAGAUUUCAUUGCCUUAUCCAUGGCACCCUGAAAUAGUUGAUGUUCAGCUUUUUACCAUUGGGUCCCUCUCAAUAGUUGCUUUUCCAGGAGAGCUGACGACAAUGUCAGGACGGAGACUACGGGAAGCUAUUAAAAAUGAAUUUGAAUCCCACGGGACCCAGGGAAUGAAUGUCGUAAUUGCAGGCUUAUGCAAUGUUUAUACCCAUUACAUUACUACUUAUGAAGAAUACCAGGUUCAACGAUAUGAGGCAGCAUCCACCAUUUAUGGGCCACACACUCUCUCUGCUUAUAUUCAGUUGUUCAGAGGACUGGCCAAGGCUAUUGCUACGAAUACAGUUCAGGAUUUGCCAAAUGGUCCAGAGCCACCAUUCUUCAACAUAAUCAACAUGACUUUGUUACCUGUUGUUCUUCCUGAUGUUGCACCAGUCAGUAAAACAUUUGGGGAUGUGUUACAGGAAGUACAACCACUGUACAGAGUGGGAGAAGUUGCUGAAGCAACUUUUGUAGGUGCGAACCCCAGGAAUUCUGCUCAGAACACUACACUCAAAACCUUCCUUACAGUUGAGAAAUAUGAUAACAUUUCAGGAAAUUGGCAUGUAAUGUAUAAUGAUGCCUCAUGGGAUACCAGAUUUUACUGGACCAAAGGAUUUCUUGGUCGCAGCAAGGCCAAAGUAGAAUGGCAUAUUCCAAGUUCUACGGAACCAGGGCUCUACAGAAUACAAUACUUUGGGCACUACAAGGUUCAACCAAUUCUGAAGCCAGUUCAGUUUUAUGCAUUCAAUGGCACCUCUUCAGUAUUUCAAGUUGUAAAAUUGUAGCUACUUUUUCAUUGGGAAAAAAAAGUUGCUUCAUAGGAAUUGUGUAUAUGGUGCUGAUUUUAUAUAAAUAUAUCAUUUGGAAUUGUUGUUAGAGUACCAAUAAUUCAAUCUAGUUCUUGUUCUUUGGAAUGAUUUGAUCUACUUGAUCUUCCGUCUUCCUUGGCUGAUCUGAUGUAUUUCCAUUCUGGUUGCUCAUGUCCAGCCCUGUUAUUGUUGCAGUCAACUCCCACUCGAAUAAAUGAUUCAUCAUCUUUUUAAGGUCA